AUAAUCAUGUUUGGUAUUUCUCAUCGGUUUGUGUGUGUGUGCAGAUUUGGUGCAUCUUUCCGAAGCUCUUUUAUUUUUUUCUUUCCCAAAGCGUCUUUCUAUUUGUUAUUGUCUAUUGUGUUUCCGCAUCUGUUGGGAUCUACUUGCAAGCAUUGUUUUGUUACUGUUAAGGAUUUAGCAAGCUCAGACAUCUUCACGUGAUUGCACCUAAUCAGCGCUGACAAUCAGUGAUGGCACACUCGAGUACCACUCAAUCAUGUGUUUUUAUUUUGUUUAGUGUGCUCGAAAUUUAAUCCUCGAGUGCACAAGCAGGUGGUGAUUCAUCCAGGAUGUGGAGUAGCUACAAAAUGUUUGCCACGUAAAGUCGUCCCAUAGAUGAGAAACAGCUUGAAUGAUGGACGCGCACAUUUCCGGGAACAAAACAACCUCUGAAAUCGAGAGCAAGCCCGACUUCUUUUUUCUCGUAUUCAAAUGCGUCAUUUUGAUCGUGACCCUAGUCGUGGGGUUACCCGGCAACGUGUGGGUGUGCUGGAUCGUUUUCCGAACCAAGUGUCUCCAGACGAGCAACAACGCGUUGCUGGUCAGCUUGGCCGCCAGUGACAUCCUGAAGUGCUCCGUGGACACGCCGCUCUUGCUCGUCUCGUUCACGAGAUCCGUGGAAGGCGGCCGGCUGCCGCUGUGCAUGUGCGCCCUGCAGCAGUUCACCUGGGCCUUGUGCAGCUGUGUGCAACUGCUCACGCUGGCCAGCAUCAGCGUGGAGCGCUACCAAGCUAUCUCCUUCCCUUUCCACACCGAACGGAGGAGAGCCCGGGUUCGCCUCUGGAUCCUCUUGAUAUGGCUAUGCGGCCUCGUCUUGGCCGUCGUCGCCUUGAUGCUCUCCAAGCAAUCCCUCUUUUACGCUCACUGCCGGCCACCAGCACCUGUCAAUGGCGGUCACCCGGAUCUGUUCGGACCUUACGUUUUGGUACCCAUAUGGGGGUUGUCUUUGAUUGUCAUCGUCAUUCACUACGGGCGAAUCAUCAAACUGGUGAGGCAGCACCGAAAGAAAGUGUUCAGUCGAGGUAUUCGAGUGAUGCCCACGGUUUCCGCGCAGGUCUGGAGCUGGCUGGGCGAGCCGGCUUCAGAACCACAGUCAGCGACGCCGCUGGCCUACUGCAAACCGCUUGCCGCGCGCCGGGCAGUGCACUCCGUGUCCGGGGAGCAGUGCUCGGGCUUCGUAUCCGGGGGACCCCGCCGGGCACUCCCGGAGAUCGUAGGAGCGGUGUGUCUUAGGACGCCUGGAGCCAGAGAGCGAGGGAAGAAACAGGUUGAGGGCAAACUGGCCAAACGCUUUGGGUACAUUAUUAUCGCCUUCACGCUCUUUUGGCUCCCCAUGGUGGUCAUUUUGCUCAUGAAUCACCUCAUCACACGGCCGGACACCGACAGAUUACUGUUGGAGAUGGAGACAUGGGCUAUGGUGCUGACCUGCGUGCAAGCUGCAGUGGAUCCGCUCAUCUACACUGUGGUCACCAGACAGUUUCGCUAUGAACUCAGCAAGAUGUUCUUGUCCAUCCGGAAGUGUCGGCUGAAAUCGGUCCACUGACAUUUACAUCCCCUGUUUGUAAAUAAAGCCAAAUGCAUUUGCACAGAUUUGGCAAUGGGUGAAAAAAGUCCACGGACUAUAAAUUUGGCAGAUAUAGAUGUUUUAUCAGGUGUUUCACUGUUGGGACACAAGACAAGGUCAUAAAUAAUAUCAAACACAACAGGAUACGCACAGCAGUAGUCCAACAACGACAGGUGGCAUAGGAGGGCAAAAGCAAAAAGUGAGAAGAUAAACGACUGCUCUCGAAGAAGACCAAUGAAAAUACAUGACAGAGAAAGAGAGUGCCACACACUACAAGAGGGCUCUAUUACUUUUCAUUGUAUAGAAAAAUCAAUAGACACAUUGAGCCUGGUUCAAAUGGUGUUUGAAAACAAACGUCUCGGCAUCAUAAAAGAAAAAAAAUCAAACAAUUUCUGCCGUCACCUGUUUUACAGCAGUUUGAAAUAUUCAAAAUAUUGCAAUGAAGCCCGUCAACACUAUGGACUAUCUUUUUGUAGACUGGGUACCUGCACUGGAUGGUUAACACUAACCCUAAUGCCGAAUGAAAGGAGCUGCUUUGAUUGGCCAUAAAUUAGGCCAGCAGUGACCACGCCAAUAGCAGCGCAGCCGUCCCUCUCGCAGAUCCGCCAGCCUAGCCAGCCAAAUUACCAACUUGUGACGCGCUACGCAGGAUUUACACUGGUUCCCCCCAAAAAAAUCUUGAAAUAAGACAGAAAAUACUGCCUGUC